ACCAGCUGAAGGCAACAGUUUUUCUUAAAGAGCUGAACUUUGAGUUUGACUCCAAGUUUUGCAGUAACUGUACGAAUACUAACAAGACCUACAUACUGAGGUUGAGCCAAUACUUUGGAUUUGAACCGGUUACCAUUAAGUUCAACCUUGAAACAGAUAUGACCGUUUCCAUGUGUUUAAAUGUUUCUGAAACAAGCUGCCUUGUGAAUCCUGGUCAGAUGGAAAUACAGCACGAGUCGGAAUAUGAGUGGAAGAUGCCUAUUGGGAGCUACUUUUACAGCGCCUUCCGCUUCAGGGUCACAUCCAGGGACCAGAAUUCUCCGUGCACACUUCGUCCCGAGGAUACAGCCAACCCCUUCAUAGAGUACAACCUAAACUUCGAGAGGACUUGUGACGACCGGUGAACUGUCUAAACAAGUGGUCGAUUAAUAGCUCAACACAUUCCAAUAUGAUGUUCUAGCUAUCAAGCGUGACGUAUUUAUGUUGACCAUGCUUGUAAAAGUUACAUUACGCUGCACCGACCACCAAUCUAACUAUUGUGAAUGUUCUAGGUCAAUGUAUACUGAUAUAAAUACCUUGAAGAUGACGUUCCUUGUAACAACUGAUUCAACGCCGAUAGACUGGUCCUCAGCAACAUGUAAGCGAUUUACUCGAAUUCACCGGAGGUCAUUCAGUGCAGCAGUAAGGCAGCCUUCAAACUUUUGUUUGUCAGGGGACA